AUAACAACUACCAGCAAAAUCCCGAUUGCUUACGCAUGGAACCGACACAAAUUAUCUGUAAUUAUGAUGCAUGAUUUUGUUAGUGAAUCACAAAGAAAUUAAAAGUUAAAAGCUACCAUCGUGAUCCAGAGGAAAGCUGCCCUUGUCCGGCGGUCGAGUUUAUUUAGCACAGUUAUGACUGAGGUACGAGUAAAGAAUGGGAGAGUGGAUGCUGCACCAUGGAAACCAGAUUUAAAUGUAGAGCUUGAAGAUGAAGAUGUUUUCAAGUCCGACUUUUCCGACAGUUUUGCCACGCCUCCAAAGUACGUGACGUCCAUUGGGCGGGGCGCCAGGAAAAGACCGGACCCAUGUAACAUCAGACUUCCACGGAUUUACUUUGAUAUGCUCAGGCAAAAGCAUAAUUCUAGAAGGCCUGCAGGAAGAGGAAGUGUCGUGAGGAACUUCUCCGGCCAAAACCUGCCUGGGAGUCUCCAGCCCCAAGACUCUGUUCAGAUGGUUAAUCAGCCUCGGACAAUACCCUCCUCUUCCUUGAGCGAGAAUUUCCUGGGCGCAGCCACGCGGGGACUCACGAGUGAGAUUCUCGAAGGCAAGGCCUGCCUUAUGGAAAAAUUCUUAGGCAAGCCGAUGGGGGGCGCGGAAGGAUUUAACCCGUUCAGGGACGAGCGUCAGCGAUCAACAGGGUCGCUCCGAUCGACCCAUACGGCGCCGGUUUUGGACUUCAAUAGUCGGGAGCAGUGGCCCGGUGUCGGCGCGGCGGCGUGUCAGUCCGAUUGCGGUCGGGGAGGACCCCGAAAGAGCUACAGUCUGCAGGACGCCUUGAAUGCCAUUUCCUCGGUUCCGGCCGAGUGGGACAAGGGCUCGCUGGACAGCUCGCGGAGAGGCAGCGGGGAGGGCAGCAAGAGGUGGCGAAAGGGGAAGAAAAGACAAGGCGGUAGCCAAGAAACCAGAGAAGGUUGCCAAGAAAAGGAAGCUCCCAGAACGAACGCAUCAGAAGGGGCUGUUGCAUCAUCCACGUCUGGAAGCACCCAUCCUGAGAAUGGAAGCAGAGAGAGGAGCUCGGGAGGCAGUGUGACUGGAACAAGCCAGAACCAAGACAGGGCCAUGCCUGGAGGGCCCAACCUGAUCCAGGUGGAAUGUCUACCGGAGAACAUUACCGAGCAGCGCCUGGAGUCCGUCAUGUACGGCUUCGGUGCUGUCAUUGCGUGUGAUAUACUCAGGGACAGCGACUCGGGAAAUUGCAUCGGGAUUGCUUUUGUCAGAUUUGAGAACAGUGAUGCUUGUCUGUCUGCUAUAUCUGCUCUUCAUGGGGAAGAGUCACCGUUCCAUGAUUGUGGUGAUGGCAAAGAAAUUCCAAAGCUACUUAUCCAUCUGGUGACAUGAUACAGUCAAAAAGGUCAUGAUAGUUAGAAAGUGGUUAAGUUGUGGAUGUGAGCCCUCUAUAGUUUGAUACUGGCAGUUGUACAACCAUGACUGUAGAGGGCAGUGCAGUACUCUUUUAAGGUUGCUGGCCAGUGAAGAUAGACCCGAAAUUGUCCUACGCUGGCCAAAUCACGAUUUAAAAAAUAAUCACAACAAUCCAAGGUGUUUGAGACUCACAUCAAUUUAAAGCUUAUUUCAUCAUCUUGCAUAUUCUGUUUAAUUUUUGGAGGUCAUCCGAUGUCUUUUGGGAGGAAUUUCCAUCCAAAGAUGAUCGCACCUAAAAGUAGUCCUGAUAAUCGCCAUUUGAAAAAAAAAUGAUGCCUACACUCCAUUGCAAAUAGAGCAGUUUUAGGGCCCAAUUUCAUCCAAGUUUCACAGAGAUACGAGGGUGCAGUACUGUUCAUGGUUUCCACGCUUCUGUUUUUUUACAAACCUUCAAGUUCAUGGCCCACUACAAUUCUCUAAUGGCAGAGAUGAAAAGAAUGUCGUAUCCUGACGCCACUUCAGCGGUUGUGUACAAAGUCUAUGGCGAGUCAAGAAAAUGUUCCAAGUAUUUCCUAAAAUUGAAAAUGUUUCUCAGUCCCAGAUUUAUGUCUUUUCACCAUACAUGUAUUUGCAAUGACGGACCUUUAUUGAGGUGAUAUGUGAAGAACAAAGUGGCGUCAGAUUGCAACAUUCUUUCUUUAGAGAUUCUGAGGGCAUGUUAAUUGUGAUUCGGCCGGUGUAGGCAAUAUUGGACCUAUUUACUAGCCUACAACCUUAAGUCGAUUUUGUUCAUGAUGGUAUAUUAUAUGGGCAAGAAACCUUCCAUCAAAAUAUCAAACUUUUAAAAAAUAAUUUUUAUGCAACUUAAUUGUAUUUUUAGCAUCUUUUACUUGAUUUCAUGUUGUGCAGAUUUUGACCCCAGUCAACGGAAAACUUGGCGGACUUAUUUUUGAAAUUCUUUUUUCCAAAAUUGUAAAUUUGAAAUCCUUGUUGAAUCAAAUAAUCAAGGACAAAUGAAUUAUUAAGGACAAAAUGAUAAAUAUCAGUAGCAAUUUCGCCAUUUGAAUGUCGUUUUUUUUUUCUUUUUAAGUACAGAUCUGCUCAAUACAUGUACACACCUCUACACAACAAAAAGAGUUCUUGAACUCCUUUUAAUCAUUUUGGAACGAAAAUAUAUUUUCAAUUAUUUGUUAUGUACAAUUGUAAACACUUAUACAGAGGUAUGUGCAAUAGCAAAGCACAUGCAAGACGAAAAAACUGAAAUCUGUAAAUGAACUGUACAGUUUUGCCAUUAAUUUUCCUAUUUGUUUAUCACACAAUUAAGGCGGGGAAGGUUCAUGCAAUAUAACUUUUGUGUGUGUUAAGUUUUAAUUUUUUUUAAGUUAGAAAUUGUUAUUAUACAUCAUGAAUGCUAGGAAUAAAAGCUUGUGUUUGAGUAAA